GUGUGGCAGUCGCAAUUUGGCAGCUCAGCCUCUCCACUCCAGUCUCCAGUCUCACUCUAGUGUUUUGGUCGACGUGGGUGUGAGAGGUUAUACGGUACGGACAUAAUGGACUCUCCCUCUCCUGCCUUUCGGUCACCUUUCUUACGGCCAUGGAUGAACCAGACGGGUGCGGCAGCAGCAACUGGAGGAGGGAGCAUGGGACUCAAGGGUAUUGUGGCAGGUGGUAUAACAGGAGGCAUUGAGAUCUGCAUCACCUUUCCCACUGAGUAUGUCAAGACACAGCUACAACUAGAUGAGAAGAGUGGGGGAGCCAAGAAGUAUAAUGGCAUUAUAGACUGUGUCAAGAAGACAGUCCGAAGCCAUGGGUUCUUUGGCCUUUACCGAGGCCUGUCCGUCCUGUUGUAUGGCUCAAUACCCAAGUCAGCCUGCAGAUUUGGUGCCUUUGAACAGCUGAAAAAGUACAAUGUGGAUGAGAGGGGUAACUUGAGCCCAGGGAAGAGGCUGCUGUGUGGUCUAGGUGCAGGAGUGUGUGAGGCAAUAUUUGCAGUCACGCCCAUGGAGACUAUUAAAGUCAAGUUCAUCAAUGACCAGCGUUCACCAAACCCAAAAUUUAAGGGUUUCUUUCAUGGUGUGAAGUGUAUUCUAAGGGAACAGGGAAUUCGAGGAACCUAUCAGGGUGUGACAGCCACCAUCCUGAAGCAGGGAAGUAAUCAGGCCAUGCGUUUCUAUGUCAUGGAGACAUGCAAAGACAAAUAUCGGGGUGGAGACCCAACUAAGCCUGUUCCUAAACUAGUUGUUGGCUUAUUUGGUGGUUUUGCUGGUGCCGUAUCAGUAUUUGGCAACACACCUAUUGAUGUUGUCAAAACUAGGAUGCAGGGGUUGGAGGCCAGCAAAUACAAGAAUACUUUUGACUGCUUCCAAAAGAUUUGGAAGCACGAAGGACCACGAGCGUUCUACAAAGGAACGGUACCCAGGCUGAGCCGUGUGUGUCUGGAUGUGGCCAUAACCUUCAUGAUAUAUGACAGUUUUAUGGAACUCUUCAACCGUGUGUGGAAGUAGAGAUGGAGGGUCAGGGUUACAUUUAUAUUCAAGGUAAUGACAAGCCAAGGUGUGUAUAUCCAUCCAUAUGACCAUGGUCAACACUUUUGCACGCAGUCUUAUGUUUCUGAAUAUCUAACAAAGGUUUGUGAGUAUAAAUUUCAUUAUGGGAAAAUGCUGAUAUUUUUGUUCCUAGACCAUCAACAACUAACUGAAUAGAUUUUGUUGUAACACAUGGCUAUUGUAUAGUCAGGAUCAGGUUUUGAGCAAACCAUGAUCAACUUUUCACUGUUUACAUCACAGAAAUAUCAUAGUACGAUAGAACAUGGGUUUAGCUCAAAUCCUGCACUCAUUUAAUAUAACCAAAUAAAUGUUUAUGUUUUUCAGGAUUUUUCAGAGGGUAAGAUCCCAAUUUUUUACAGCCUUAUUGUAUUAUUAUGCAGUUUAAUUUCCAUGUUAGUUUGCAAAGGUGCAGAACUAACAUUAUUUGUCACUUUUUUAUAUGUGAUGCUAAUAGUGAAUGGGUUGAACUCUUAAAUUUUCAUAUACAUGCCUGUCCAUUAACAUCAGUCUUGCUUGUGCCAGUCAGCAAUUGUGGGGAUCUUAUUUAUUUAUUUAUAUUUUUUUUCCUUUAACAGGUGUUAAUGUAAACUAUUACUAAAACUUGAAACACUACAUUCCAUGAUACUCAGGUUUUUUUUAGAAUACCGUUUUCUUUUAUAUUUCUUCAGUUUAGGUCAUACUUUAUCUGUCUAUCUGAUGGUUGAAUUAGUAGUCAUUUAAUAUUCACUUUUAUACAAUUGCAUUUCAUCUUACUUUCUUAUUUUUAUGUUUCUUAUGUUUCAUGCAUGGUAUCUACAACUUAAAUGUGUGUACCUCCUACUAUUUCACUAACCUUGGUGACAAUAUGUGAUUGUUGACUGGGGCAGCAAUAUAUUCAAUACUAACACAAUCAAGCUCUGUUGGAAGAUAAUUUAAAUUUUCUUUCUUUUUUCAUGUAUUUGCCAGGAUAGUAUUAUAUAUAUAUAUAUAUAUAUAUAUAUAUAUAUAUAUAUAUAUAUAUAUAUAUAUAUAUAUAUAUAUAUAUAUAUAUAUAUAUAUUUUUUUUUUUUUAUGAGGGAAGUGAGUUUUCCUUUGCACUUCUUACUUAUGCCUCAACAUUAUAUCCCGCAUUUAUCAUAACUGAUGAAGUCCAUUGUAAAAUAUUACUGCAGUAUAUCUUUCAUGUGAUUUUUCCUGAUGUUGACAACUUGUGUUGUUGAAGAGCACUCAUAUAAAAUGUUGCACUGCACAAACUGUAGUGAUGUUAUGCAUGAUUGUAUGGAAACUGAUAAAAUAAGGUUCACUUGUGUAAUGCGAUAGUGGGGAUAACUGAUCAUAGGCUUGAAGUAAGUUCACUAUGAAGAUAGUGUCAUGACAGUUAUCUGAUGCAUACAAAUUCCUUCCAUUUAUCAUAAGCACACUAGGUGUAUGGUGCUUUGCUACCACUGCUGUCUCUCUGGAUGCAUCAUAUUACACACAUAUCAGUGUCAUGAAUAAUGAAAUAUUACUGUUGGAUUAUUGUUGAUGUGUCUUGAUGCUGUAUAUAAAUGUAAACCAUGUAUGAUCAACUGGGCCAAAUAUUAUUACAGAACUAUUCUUGUAGAAUGGCUUACUUGAUCAAUUCCUAAGAAAGUUCUCUGCUCAUAUAUAUAUAUAUAUAUAUAUAUAUAUAUAUAUAUAUAUAUAUAUAUAUAUAUAUAUAUAUAUAUAUAUAUAUAUAUAUAUAUAUAUAUAUAUAUACACACACACACACACACACACACACACACACACACACACACACACACACACACACACACACACACACACACACACACACACACACACACACACACACACACACACACACACACUAUCUUCACAUACAGAUAAUUUUAAUUCAUGUAUGGAUUUGUUGGGAAAAUGCCAAAUUGGAGCAUUAUUUUUCUAUAUCAUAUUACCAUCUUGUUCACAAUUAUGUGUUUUUAUAUCCUCCAACAAAUCCUACAGCUUUGUUCCCAGACCAAAAUUUGAUAAGUGUUUAUUAAUAUUUAAGAAAAUUUUGGUAGAUGGCUAACUGUUCACCAGAUUCACUUCAUUAGUUACUGCAGCCAAAGUCAAGCCUAAAUAAAAGUUUCCAAUAUGUAGAGAUUCAGCAUCUGAUGGCAGGUAUGUGCUGAAAUGUUCUGAUUUGCCUCAUCAUGACUGGUGUGGUAUUUAUAUGCCUGUCACCAAUGAAUUAUGAUAACCACAUUUUUUUUUCUUUAGGCAGUUUAUAUUUAACAAAAAUAAUUCUGUUGUAACUACAAUCAUUCCAUAUUCUUAAUUGUUUUCUGCAGUUCAUUGUUUCAUGGCACCUGUCCACUCAGCUGAUGCUUUAUGAGAUUUCACUGAAGAUGUAACAAACAGAUUCUCUUCAGGUUUAGAUGUGGGUAAUAGCUUUUACUAGUAGUAAAGUAGCUGAGAACAUUUUCAACAGUAUGUCCAUGUAAGCACUAUGGUGAAUGAGCCCAAGACAAAAGUAUAGUUUGAAAGAGCAAAUAUUUUGAAUAAAAUUUCAUAAAAUUAUUUUUCAGGUGUAGAAUAUUAACACAAUGUAUUUUAUCUUAUUUAGAAGCCAUAACCUAGGCUUUUCUCUCAACACUGGUGAAUACAACAAAGAGACACAUUAUCCAAUGACAGCUUGUAUGUGUGUGCAGAAUGUUAUUUAUAUUGUUGAAUGUUUACAGUUGAUUGAUGUUGAGAGUUUGACAGGAUAGCUUUCUGUCCUACAGGUGCAGCUACACUUGCUUAGUACAUGGCUUUAGAACACUGCUAGAAACACACAAAAUCUGUAACGCAUACACAUAAAAGUAGUGCUUUAUUCAUUGGUUCAUAUAAAGUCUUGAAGAUGUUUGAAAUAGUUUGAGCACACAAUUUGGUAUCAUUAUGAAUUCUGUAAAACCAGAUGAGAAUGACAUCAGAUAUUAAUUGUUCAACGAUUAAUAUCUGAUCUCUCAUCCACUCCAGUGUUUACUUUUUGCUGCCAGCAGCUAACUACAGUAAAAUCCCUCUUAUCCGGCAUUCGAGUAUCCGGCAGCUUCAAGUAUCAGGCACAUUUUUCCCUGAGCCUUAAAAUCAAUAAAAAAUCAAUGUGUACUCAUAAAAUUGAUUAAAAUUCCCGCGCGAGGCAUACUUUGUCCCUUGGCCACCAGAGCACACUGCUUCGCGCCAUCCGCAGCCCACUGCACUGUGUUUACUCAGUGACUCAGUCCUGCGUGUGCACUGUUUAUCGCCUGACGCCUUCAUCAUGCCUAAAGUUGUAGAAAAGAGGAAGCGUGUUGUGCUUACACUUAAGCAGCUGAUCAGAUCAGCUGCUGAUUAAGAUCAGCUGAUCUUUGUUAUGGUAAGAUGCGUGAGUGUAGGGUGGUGAUUGUGGACAUAAUUUCACUUCUAUUCAAGUAUCCGGCAUGUCGGCGGUCCCGUUGAUGCCGGAUAAGAGGGAUUUUACUGUAAUAUGCCAAAUUUGUAUCCAUAGCUAAAAAUAUAGUCCAGACUAAUGUUGCCUACAUGAACAAUCUGCUGGCCAGCCAUCUAAGUCUCCAGGAAGAAAGCUUACAAGUACUGUAUACUACAACAGUUGCAACCAUGUUUUGAACCCAAGUGUUAAGCAAGUGUGGCUUCUCAUAUUUAGGUCACAGCCAGAUGUUUAAACACACAUUUACAUGAAAUGAAGCAAGACACAAAGUAUUCCUUCAAAGUAUAUCCAAUGAACAUAUCAGAAAAGUCGAACAGGAUUUUCAUGAGAUAUUAAUUCGGAGUGUAAUUAAUGUAUAGAAGCAUGAAGUGAAGCAAGGCCAUUAUGAGAAAUUUAUACAGUAUCAUAAUUAUUGAAUUUUGUAAUAACAUAAAUAUGCUACAUUAACAUCAGUUGCAUUAAUUAAAAUAUAUAAGAAUGUGAUUUUAGAUCCUCAGUACAACACUAUCCAAAUUCAGUGGUCCCAUAUAACAAAUAGAUUUGUGAUGCUCUUUUUUUGGAAAAUGUAGUGACAUCAAUUAACAACCCUGUCCCUAUGUGAGACACAUGGGUCUAUGCAUGAGAUGCAUGUUCAACCCUUCAAUAUUGGCAUGCAUAUGUGUUAUAUACCAUCCAUGCACUGGGUCACACCACAUGCCUUUUGCCUGUGUAGUGGCAGUCAAGCUCAACUGAGUGUUUACACCCACAAAUACCUGUACUCUUUCUGUAAUUAGUCAAGGCCAACCGAGCAAAUACAUGGAAUCACACACCCAUCGACCCACUUACCCACACACACACACACACACACACACACACCUGUGUUUUGUAUGUAGUAGGAAGAUAGUCAAGUUAAAUCAAUGACACACACACGCCUGUGUGUGUGUCAAUUUAAACCAAGAACUUAUGCGCGCACACACACACACACACACACACACACACACACACACACACACACACACACACACAUGUAUGCAAGUGCCAUUUUUAUUGGAACCUAGUGUGGAGAAUAAUAUACAAACAUUCAGCAUUUUAUAGAAUACAGCAUGGAGAAGGAUACACUAACACAAUUUUUUUACUAAGUGCCAUAAAUUAUGUUCAGUUACAAAUAAGGUGAUGCUAAUUCUCUGCAGAAAAUUAUCACUUUUUUUUUUUUUUUUCUAAUUUUGUGCCAGCAAUUGCACUCAAAGUGAAAUGCUGAUGGCACAAUUUGAAAGCAGUUGGUGUUCUCAAAAUCCAGCUAUUUUUUUGGGGUUAUUUAAGUCAUAUUUUUGUAAUUUCCACUUAAGUAGAAAUAUCAAAAUAAUAAAAAAAGCCUUUAUAUGUAAAUUACUUGAUUAAUUUUCAUUAUUAGUAAGUUACUGAUGAUGCAGAACAUCACUUAUCCUUGUGAGAUUUCAGCUGUAAGUUUUUUGUCUUUUCUUUGAAUGAAACAGCCUACAUACAAUACCACCACUAAUGGAAGGCUAUGGCUAUCACUGGGCAUAUCUUAAUUGAUGAAAACUACUAAAACUACUACAAGACUAUCGAAAAAGCAGUAAUUCAGAAUGCAAGAAAACAUGUCUUGCAUAUAAAAUAAACAGACUGUGGAUGAGAAUUAAUCUAAUCUGUCUCACUACACUCGACACUCAUACAGAGGCUAGGGAUGAUGCCAAGAGGAGGAGGAAGCCUCUGGUACAUGUUAUGAAUCACACCAUCACAUUUGCAGCCUAGUAUCAUUUGAGUAUCAAAUUUCUUCAAGGUUUUGUGACUAUGCACAAAGAGCUACCCAAGGAUAAAAAUUAUGUGUGCUAUAUGGCUUUCCAAUCUUGUCAUUGGAAUUUGUCCCCAUCCAUCAUAAGCAUGUAAAAGAGCAAAAAGACUAUGGGAUAGCAUUAUCUUGAUUUUUAACAGGUUGGCACUUGUGUAUCAUUCCCUGAGUAGGGACUGUUCUCUGGUUCAAUUGUUACUGUUUCAGUAGUCCACUAGUUCAGCUGGCAAAUGGUUCAAUUGUCCUAGAAUCAAGUUUCAUUAUGCCUCUAGAUUCAUAAUUUAAUCACAUUCAUGGUCCUCAUGUGGUACUAGCAUGCUAACAUACAUUAAUCUCUUGAUGCCAAAGACAGUUUUGUUGCCAAUCCCUGACAAACACUUGAGAUUUAUGUAAACCUUUCCAGGUAUGCCACAAAUAUCUGCCCAUCUUAGACUCUCACUUUAAAACCAAAGUUGAAGCAUAUAAUCUUGUCAGUUUUAUUUGUAUUUCACCCUUUAUAUCAUGUAACUGCUUGUAAAGAUGGGCAUAAUUUUUAUAAGUUGGUUGUUCAAGCAAAAAUCUGUUACAUUCAUAUGAACAUAAGAAAAUAAGGGAAGCUGCAAGAAGCCAUCAGACCUACACAUGGCAGUCCCUGUAUGAAACAUACCUAUUUCCACUAUCAUAACCAUCCAUAAAUUUGUCUAAUCUUCUUUUGAAGCUCCCUAAUGACUCACUACUAACAACCUGAUUAGUGAGUCCAGUCCAUUCAUCUACCACUUUAUUUGAGAGCCAAUUCCUUCAUAUCUCUUUUUUUAAAUCUAAUCUUUUCAAGUUUGAACCCAUUAUUUCUUGUUCUAUUCUGAUUACUGAUCCUGAGAACUUUGCUUACAUCUCCCUUCUUAUAUCCCCCUAUACCCUCUAAACCUUCUAGACCCUCUAAAUCUAUGCCUCUCCUCAUCUCUUGCAUCCUUUAAGUCGUUGAAUGUAUCCUUUUAAUCAUUCAGAUAUACAAGUAUAUCUGAAUAUAUAUGAUAUGUAUAUGAUGUGUGUAUUAAAUAAAAGGUGAAUAUUUUAUUUAAUCAGUACUUGGAUGAAUUUUCUAAUUAAGAUAUUUUGUUAAAUCAAUUUUAAUUCUGAAACCAUGGCACAUUUAAUAUAUAUAUAUAUAUAUAUAUAUAUAUAUAUAUAUAUAUAUAUAUAUAUAUAUAUAUAUAUAUAUAUAUAUAUAUAUAUAUAUAUAUAUAUAUAUCAUCAUUAUCAUUUUCUUAUAAGUCUGCUUCAUCCAGAUUGCAACAAAAUGUAAAUGCCUAGUAAUGUAAUCUGUCUCAACAACUGUUAAGACAGAAGCUACAUGGGUACUAAUUUUGUAACAAAAUUAUGGAGGAUUUUGAAUGGCUACAAUGCAAUUUGUAUAACUGACUUUGUGAUACAUUUGAGACUAUUUAGUUAGAGAAAACUAGUUGAUAUCAAUAUUAAAUAAGUUUAUCUAUGUUAGCAGAAUACAGUAUUAAAUUUUCUACAGAAUGAGUGUGUAGAAAUAUUCAUGGCAAUAGCAAAGCACAUACACAGGCAUUAAAAUUUAAUGGAUGACAAACAUCCAUCAUAUGGUAGGGCUGAUGGAUUGUCCUAUUAAUGUUACACUUAUCUUCUGCUUGCUAUCAGUUAGGAAAUGUGCACAAUAUAAUAAGAAAACAAUAGGAAGAGUCAUUGUCAAUGAAGGAAUACUUUGGAGGGUAAGCAAGAUGGUUCAUUAUCAGUAAAGAGUGAGGCAGUUACUAAUACCUAUGUAACUUUUCAGUGUCCACCCAAAUUGAGGUGGUACUUGGUUGUUGAUCUCAAUAGUGUUUGAUUCAGAUGACUAGAAUAUUUCCAAAAAUUUGUGAAUGAUAAUUAUCAAAGCUGAAAACAGACGUAUCUUCAUAUCUUUAAAUGAAAUUACUGAUAAAUAACAGUACUGGUGUCCAGGGGUUUGAUCUCUGGUUUAGUGAGAUAGAUUGUGGCAAGUGUGUUAGAUUUGCACCUAUGCACAAAGCUCUCUAUUUUUAUUGUCAAACUUUUAAUUUUUUUUUAAAUAUUGUACUUUUUUCAACUAACAAUAAGUACAGCUAUAAAAUUUAUUAUUUGAUUAUGCUGAUAAUUUUUCUUUAUAUCAGCAGAGGUAAAGGUGACUACUGUUGUAUCUAUUAAACAUCUUUUCUUCAAUAAGUGAAGAUUUCAAGAGCACUUCCCACAAGUUUACUGAAGUGUAAAUAGAAAAUCUUACUUUUACGUUUCUUUGUUUACAGUAAAGUUUUAGGAUGCAUGAAGCUUUAACCAUUGCAUAAAAAUGUGUUCACCAAUUCAUGCCUUUGCAAAAAUCUGUCAAGUAAAUCUAAACAGGCUGCUAAGACAGAUAAAAGAAAAUAUCAGUCUGACGAUAGGAUAUC